GAUGCACGCUUCAUAAUUAGCAGAACUGAGUCAACUAGACAACGAUAUUUACAAGAUUGCGGUGCCGGACUGUGCAAUAAUGGUGACUCCUCCUGAAUCAGUCAGAAGAUGCGUAUACGUAUUCGCUGAAACUGGUACUGCUAUAAACACCAUUGACCGAGGCAUGAAAGAAAAUCAACACCCCACACCCCCAGAUCAGAAUGGAGUCUAUUCCCCCUUCGUAUACUCCUUCCCCACCUUCGCCGUCAUACUCUCCGUCCCCACCAUCACCGUCAUACUCGACAGAGCUUCUUCCAGGGGAACAAACAGUCGAGGGGACUCGACGCCUAUCUCUGCAAGCUCAGAAUACCGGAGUCUUUCGUAGGAUAACAGACAACAUCACACUUGUUUUGAGAGAUCAGCAGCCAGGGAGCAUAACACCCGUUUACGGCAGACAUGGGCUUGUUCGAGGUCACAUAUCUUUGCGAAGCACAGAAGGCCUCACCGAGGUUACUUUGAAGCUCGAGGGUCACCUUCGUCUUGAAACAUCAGGUGCAACCAUCACUACAUCGGUAGCAUUCGAUUCGUAUUCUUUGUGGAGUUCUUCGUCUGCCGAGCCUUGUCCUAUGACCCUCCCGUUUACAAUAUUCUUUCCUUCUACUUUCAUGGAUAAAUGCAAACCGCAGCCUUUACCCCCCUCAUUCGAGGACAAAUAUGCGACGUGCUCCUACAUGCUUAGCGUCGUAGUUUCAAGACCUCGACGAUUCUUAUCUUCUUUCCGUUCUAGUGACUCCCUUGUGGUACCCAUAUGCUAUCAUCCACGUUCUCGCCCACACACGCCCAUGCUUUCGAGGGACGUGCCGUUCAUGACCACGGUGAAGAGUUCCCCCGAAGAAUGGCAUCAAGUACUCUCCACCAUGAAUGCAACAAAGAAUUCCAAGCUCACGCCGGUACAAUGUCUUCUCUUUAUACCUUCAGCACAGGUUUAUCCGUUAUCUGAGACCAUACCGUUCCACCUCCAAUUGCGUGCCCCAUCGAGUUCAUUAGCCCCAUUCAUUGAAAAAUCUGCACCUGAUCACAGCCUUCCUGUGUCCUCCUCAGGGGAAGUCACCAUCCGUGUGUACUUACUUCGACAAGUGAUUGUCAAAGUAUUUGAAGAACAAAAAUUGUCCAAUCGAAUAAUAGGAGAAGGCAAAUUGACGUACUCUGCCCCUCUACCUGACAACCAUCACUCAUAUCGCAACGCCCCGCUUGAGGAGGGCAUUGACUGUUUGGACUGGGAUGGCGAACUGCGAUGUACUGAAGAUGUCACAGUCGGAAGCUUCGCAACAAACCCGCUCUCGGUUAGAGAUUUUAUUGUGCUUUCCCUCGAGCCUCUGCGACCAGUAAAGUGUCCGCUUCUUGCGGUAAAACACUUUCAUCCGGUUCGUCUGGUGACAGACCCAUGGUCGGAUCACGGAGUGACUUGGUAGCAUUUUUUGGGCCAGUUAUUUAAGUGUCAAACUCUUUCGCAUACUCUACUAUAUCCCGGAUCUAGAGCUUUUAUACAUACGAUGUCGUGUCUAACUUCCUAGCCCAUUUACUAAUCAUGGUGAUUGGUUCCCAUAGGAUUGGGAACCACUUCGGGACCGUCUUACUACCAUGGCGCGUCAUUUGUCACCUAUCAAAAUAGCAUGAGACUACUCUCUUAUACCAUGCGGAAUAUUGUACCCUACGUACCUCGGGCUUCGGCCAAUACUUCCAAAAAUAGAAUUUUAUUACGUACUGCUAUGCCGUCCG